AUGCAGCUUUUGCUUGUGUUCAUGGUCCUGUUCGCCCUCUGCUUGCCGAGUGAUUCCACUGCCGUCACUCAAACUUCCAAAAGCACCACAGCGCAUUGGUGCGUGGAUGGAGCCAUCAAUUGCGCCCAAUUCACGCAGUACUGCAAACCCGGCACUCAGUAUACGGCGUUUAUGUUGAAGACGUGCAUUCAGACCUGUGGGGUCUGCAAAUACGGACAGUAA